AUGCAAGGAUUCCAGCAGACUAUUCCAGCGUAUCAUCGGGAGAUUCUCAUACCUCAGCCAGUUCUACAGAUGCGUCUACACCUUCAAGUCGGAGCCUCUUAUAACACUUCCAGCCCCUCCUCCCAGAGCAUAUCUGCACCAUCCGCCUCCAAGACUGAGUCAGAAAGAGUCUACUUUAACACUUGGGGUUUACUCAAGGCUCAAGUAAAUACUGAAAACAAAGAGGAUCAGGGGGCAAGUACGAAUCUUUGUUUCAACGAAAUUGGACACGGCAUUCAGAAUGAAGAGAAAAGCAUGGGCUCCAAAAGGAUAGAAUCGAAUAAUGAGGGCCAGGAGGCUGAUACAGAUCCAGACAUUAGUCCUAUUGAAGAUGAAUCUAGUGUUCGAGAUCGGGUCAACGUUGUGGCUAUUGAUCUCUCUAAGAGCGAAAUUGCCAGUAUCCUAAACGACAUUUUUCGCCGCAUGGGCCGUGCCAGCCAGGAAAAGGUCAAAGAAGCCCUUGCUACUGGCCAUAUUAGCAUCAACCAUAUAUUCAAUUAA